AUGUCUUUGGCUUGGUUCAUCUGUUAUUCCAUCAGCAUCAUCUAUUGCCAUAUACAUACAUCUGGGUGCCAACCCAAAAAGGAAAAAUAG